AUGUUUGAGCUAUAUUGCAUAUUACUUGUGAUACUGGCAUUCAUUUACGGCGACUUGUACGCUACAAUCAUUUACGACUUGUUUGAUUUCUGUUGUUGUCGAGGAGUCAGCAGUGGUUUCCGAGCACCUGGUGCUCUUGUUGAUGCCGCUGACCAUUAUCUCGAACCAGAAAUUAUCGUCGAUCACCCGAACAGCAGCUUGAUGGCGCCAUCUUCUGCCUUUGCCAGACCUGCAGGUUUGGCUUUGUUGGCAGCUUUGGCGCUUGCUGUGUGCUGGAUGUAUGGAAUGUCUGGAAGAACGUCUGAUGUUUUGGAAGAAUGUAUGGAAAGCGAACAAAUGGAUGUGUAUGAUAGCGAGGAUGAUGAUGAACAUGAUGUAUGUGAUAGCAAGGAUGAUGAUGAUGAACUCAAUAUGAGCGAAUGUGAGGAUGAUGAUGAUGAUGAUGAAACUGAUGUAUGUGAUAGCGAGGAAGAUGAUGAAACGAGUGAAAGUGAAGCAGAUGAUGAAACCGAUAUGAGCGAUAGUGAAUAUGACCUUGAAACUGAUGUGAGCGAGAAUGAGAAUGACCUGGAAACUGGCGUGAGAAAAGUGUCUAGACUGGAAGAAAGUCUAGAACUGGAAGAUCUGCAAGAUAGUAUGGAGGAACUCGUAGAACUGGAAGAUCAAGAAGACAGCAAGAAGGAACUGGAAGAGACCCUUAAUAUUGAAGAAUUGGAAAGCACUGAGGAAGAAAGAGAGCUGGAAGAUACUCUGGAAAAGAGUCAGGCCUAUGGUACUACAAUGGAAUAUCGGUGGAAGGAAGCAGAAAAGGCGAUUGAGCGGAUUCAACAUCAACUUGAGGAUAAAGAUAUUUUGCUUGAAAAGAAGGCAGAUGAGAAUGCAGCAAUGAAAAAACAAAUCGAGAGUGCCUGGCUCCAAAAAGAACAAGUUCUGACUGAAAACCGGCGCCUAGAACACGACUUGGAACUGGCUCUAGACCGAGGAGAGAAGAUAGAGAACUUCAAUAAAGAAAUGAAGGAGAAAAUAGUGUCUCUGGAGAGACAAUUAGAGGAGAAUAAUCAUUUGCUAAAGAAACGGGACGAAGACGAGAGAGAAAUGAAAAGUCGCUUCCAGAAGAAUAUGGUCGAUAAAGAAAGAGAACUGGAGUACGCUCAAGAGAAAGGAAAAGAACUGAGCCUCAAACUUAAAGAAGCAGAAACUUUCAUUCAAAUUCUUGAUGCAGAGAAUGAAGAUUUGAUGAGGCUCAUAGUAGACCACAGGGAUGCCUUAGAGCAGAAGGAGAGGAAAGUCGACCAUCUACAAGAAUUACUGGUACGUCAAGCGAUAGAGUCUGAGAACGACCAAGAGAAAAUGAGGACUCUGGAAGUGCAAAUGAUGGCCAUUGAAAGCACUGUAGAAGAACUGGAAUAUCAACUAAUGUAUGUUAAAGAGAACCAAGAUCAUCUCCAAGGAAAACUUGAGCUCGCUGAAUCAGAAAAGUCUAGACUUAGGGAGGUUGCAGCUGACACACAAGAUAGAAAUUGUGAGCUUGAGAAAAACCUGGCAGAUGAGACCCAGAAGAACUUGGUACUAGAAGAUCAAGUUCAGUUCCUAGAAUCAGUUUUGCGCCAAAAAGAAUCUCAGUUGGUCUCUGCAUCAGAAAUCCUAAAUGCAGAAAGAGUGAAAACUGAGAUUAUGGCCGAAGAAAUACAAGUGAUGAGGAACUGGGUCUCAGAACUAGGAGCAGAGAGUGCAAACUUUAAAGAAGAAUUAGAAGCAAAAGCAGCAGAAGUGACUUUACUGAAUAAAGAGUUAGACAAUGAGAAGAAGAGGACCCAAGUUCUGGCUGGAGAAGCCCAGGUUAUGAAGAACUGGGUCGCAGAACUUGGAGCAGAGAAUGCAAAUUUUAAAGAAAGAUUAAGAAAGCAAAAGGAAGCAGGAAGUGGACUGCACUAA